GUUGACAGUUUAGAUAUGAGGUAAUUUUCAUUUUUCAUAUCUCAAGUAAAAUGCUCAAGAUUUUUUUGGUUUAAUGAAAGGAAUUAAUAUAAUAAAACUACAUUCUAUUGAGUUUGUAAAUUACACCCCAAGCUUUCACUGGAUAUAUAUUUAGUUAUUUGAUUCAAGAGAUAGGACAGCCAAAUUGACCAGACCCAUGCUCAGAAAAAAUAAAAAAUAAAAUAAAAAACUGUUCAUAGACUUAACACAUAAUUACUGCUGCAAUAAGAUAGCCUACAGAGAGCAAAGAGAGACCUCCAUUAGAAAAGGGAAGAUGAAAUUUUAGUAAAAUUAUGCUCUGACCCACUACCCACUAAGCAGCAGCUGUACGUUUUCAGUUUUGUGUGUGUGUGUGUGUGCGCGCGCGCGUCGUGAGCUGUGAUGUCAGAGCGGGGGGAGGGCAUCGCCCCCAUAGCGCGCAGCAUGAACGCAGCGCGGCAAAGAGGAUGUGCGAGCAAGCGGCGCGCUACUGCAGGGACGGCGUCCAGAAGCUGCUCCACAAGGACCAAGCCAAGCUGCGAGCGCAGGACAGCGGCGAGCAGACAAGAGUCCCCGUGCAGAACAGUGAGACCGCGACGGCCGCGCAGCCCGGGAACGGCUCACAGCCCGGCGCCAUAGACGGGCUUGUGCGCUGGAUCGUCACCAAGAUGAGCGACAACAAGAGCAUCUCGACGCGCGAGUACGGCAAGGAGGAAGCGGCCGUGGCGCAAGAGCAAUUCUUCGCUCCGGAGCCGCGCAAAGGCAUUUCAGUCAUCCUAGACAUAUUCCGGAGAGCUGAUAAGGAUGAUGAUGGAAAGCUUUCCCUGGAUGAGUUCCAGGCUUUCUUCUCCGACGGGACCCUGAAUGAAGAGGAACUGGAGAAUCUUUUCCACACCAUUGAUUCUGAUAACACCAGUAAUGUUGACACAAAGGAACUUUGUGACUACUUUGCCAAACACAUGGGGGACUAUGAAGGUGUGCUUGCAUCCCUGGAGACACUCAACCUUUCCAUCCUCAAAGCCAUGGAUUUUACCAAGAAGGUGUAUGAAAGAGGAACUAAUAUUGAGCAGUUUGUGACUCGCUUCCUGUUGAAGGAAUCAGCCAAUCAAAUCCAGUCCUUGCUCAACUCUGUGGAGAGUGCAGUGGAUGCUAUUGAUGAACAGCAUUGCCCUCCAGGAUCUUACCACAUUAAGACCAGUCCACGUGUUCCCGAAAGGCACUAUGAAGCUCCAGUGCCAGACUACCCACCCAAUAACAGAGUUAGUGCCAAGGACAGCAUGAGGAAUCUGACUGUGGGCUCAGGACCUGUUGAGGUGAGGAAAGAAGGCCUGGAAAUGCAGAUCAACCGUCUGGCUGAGCUGAUUGGACGUCUGGAGAACAAGACAGUCUGGUUUGACCUGCAUCAGCGGCUAACCGACACUGAUGGUACAGCUAGCGCAUCUCUCUACCUUAUUCGCCAAGAGAUGAAGGUAUCCCAGAAGCAGCUAGGCGAGUUCUGUGAGGCUCUGAAGCAGUAUCUGAAGAAUGUCUCUGCCCAGAGGGACUGUUUCCACGUGACUGCAGUGCGACUUCCUGACGGCCUCUCUUUCGUUGUCUAUGAGUUCUGGGAUGGGGAGGAAGAAUGGAAAAGACACCUCCAGAGUGCAGCCUGCAAGGCCUUCCAGCAUGUGAAAGUGGACACACUGUGCCAGCCUGAGGUCAUGUCCACUGUGGCUGUUCCAGCCGCCUGGUGCAGCCUUAGCCGAGACUGAAUGGAACAGAGCCAGUGUGGAUGGCCAGGGUAGAAGGCCUCAUCUUACACCUGGAUUGCCACGCGCCUCCUCUUUCCCUUCAUAUAUAUCACAUCCCAUAAUCUCUCAAAGCUCCCUCUAUCUCUGCUCCCCUUUCUCCCUCUCUUUUGUAACUACUGUUUACAUGCUGUGGGUUUGACUGCAAAGAAUGUGAAACAUCAUAGCAGUCCUCCUUAAAGCUGUUAAGGUUGCUUUCAGGAAUAGUAUGUAACACUCUAUAGACUGUUUUAUGGCUUCUGGGUAGAUCAAAACAGUGAAAAGAAAAGUAUACAUAUUAAUAGUCUCUGGUUACAAUAACAGAAAACUGAGUAAUUUUAAUCCCUGUUUGUUAAACUGCAAAUGCACAAACAUGCACUGCUGGUCCAUAGUCUGCUUCUCUGAGAUCGUCCAGCAGUUGAAGGUUUAAACAUGUUAUGGACACGAACAUCUGUCAGGGUAUAAUGGCCAAUUGAUCUGCCAUUUUCAGCUAAUAGUAUUUACUCGGGAAAACUGCACAACCAGAGACCCAGAGCAGCAGCAUCAUGUAAAUGAAAGAAUGUUGUGUAAUAAAUGUUUACUUAAAUGAAGUUUACAGAUCUAGACAAAAUCUGACAUGCUGAGAGACAAUAGUCUUGAAAUAUUUUAGUUUAAAUCAGAACUAUAUGGAUUGUUUAUUGAUAGUAAAUAUAUUGGUUGUGGAACAUUUAUACUGAGUGGAAUGAACUCAUGUCCUCUAACAUUAAUUCCCAUAAAUCUUUUGUUGUGCAUUUCAUAACCUAAUUUAGUGAACAGUUCACUGUUUACAAAGAGACUUAAACAACAUGAUUUAAAAAUGAACUGUUAAAUCCUUAUGAAUUAUAUAAAAAUCAA